AUGAAAUUCUGGAAAAGGGCUUCCGGAGCACUAAAAGAUCGCAGAAGUCUUCUGAAGGCGAGCUUCACUCAACAAUCCGCUUUCCGAAAUCCCGACAUAGAAGUGGUGGUCAUCAAAGCCACCACGCAUGACGAAACCCGUGUUGAUUACCGUAACGCUCAACGUGUUUUUGCCUGGGUGGGGAUCUCUGACGACUAUCUGCGACAGGUGUUGUGGGCCCUUACACACAGGAUGUGGAGGUCCCACAACUGGGUGGUGGUGUUGAAGGGACUCAUGCUUUUGCAUGGAGUUUUCUGUUGUAAAGUUCCUGGAAUUCAAGAGAUAGGACGGUUACCUUUUGAUAUGAUGAACUUCAAAGAUAAGCAUACAAGGCGUGGGAAAUUAUCCGGUUUGAACGAGUUUAUCCGUGCGUAUUAUGUUUUUCUGGAUGAGAAAUCGGCCUUCAUAUUCUUCCAUUCGCAGGAACAGAGAGAUCGAAGGGUCAAGGAACAGAUGGCCUUGCUAUCACGAGAGGGAUCGACUGAAGAGCAAAAAGAGAAAUCGACAAUCCAAGAUCUAAUUUGGUUGCAGAAACUACAAGGAUUGCUCGAUUUGUUGCUCCAGAUCCGACCUAAGUCUAGGCAAAUGGUCAACUUGCUUGUUCUUGAAGCCAUGGACUGCAUCGUAAUCGAAUUUUAUGAUAUAUGCGGCCGCAUUAGCAAUGGAAUUGGAAGUGUUCUUCUGACGAUUUACUGUGUAGGGAAAAACGACGCCAAAAUGGUGUUGUCAAUCAUGCAGAAAGCCAAAGUUCAACAUGAACAGAUCUCGCUUUAUUUUGAUUUUUGCUGGGAGAUCGGUGUUGGUAACGCCUCUGAAAUCCCCAAAAUGGAACAAAUGCCUGAAGAAGGUAUUCGACAACUGGAACAGAUAAUAAAUGAAGCUUCAGAGCAAUUCAAACUUGAACAAGAACAGGAGAAAUCCAUAAUUGUUAUGGAGCACCAUGAUUCGACGAAAACACCUAAUCUCGACAACUCAACAACUCUGAAGACUGUGAUAAGAGAUGAUUGGGAGGUUUUUGAAAGCAAACAGAUGAAAUCAAAUAAGGAUCCUGAGCUUAUCGAUUUGUUUUCUCCUCCUGGGAAGAACAACAUCAUAAUCAAUCAUUUAGUGCAAGAAAACACCAUUGAAUUUCCGGAUCUAAUUAGCUUAUGA